AUGCGCCUCAUAAAACAAGAUAUUGAAGCCAAAACGGGCGCAGGAACAAUCACACUCCUCCCAGAAGAACCAGAAGACAUGUGGCAUGCACAUAAUCUAAUAGCACCCAAUGAUCUCCUCCGAGCCUCUGCAGUCCGCCGUGUAACUACCGAAUCCGCGACAGGAAGCACAUCCUCAACACGAGUCCACACCACCCUCUUAAUCCGCGUCACAAACAUCGAGUUCGACCCUCAAGCCUCCCAACUCCACGUCUCUGGUCGUGUGGCCGAAGAAAACAAGUGGGUGAAAAAUGGCGCAUACCAUACUUUAGACCUGGAACUGCAGCGGAAUUUCACCAUAGAAAAGAGUGAGGGGUGGGAUAGCGUGGCGUUGGAUGUAGUCAGGGAGGCAGUGAAGCAGGAUAAAGAAGGAACUGUGCCAGCAGUCGUAAUGCAGGAGGGGUUGGCAAAUAUCUGUCUGAUCACAGAGUAUCAGACUGUGCUGAAGCAGAGGGUGGAAUCUGGAAUUCCGAAGAAAAGAGCUGGACGAAGUGGAGAUCAUGAUAAAGGGAUUGAAAGAUUCUACGCUAUAGUGCUGGAAACGCUACUGAGACAUGUGGAUAUCACAGCGCCGCGACCUUUACUACUCGCAAGUCCAGGUUUCACGGCGCAAGGAUUCCAGAAGUAUAUCCUGGACGAAGCGACGCGGACCGGAAAUAAAGCAGUAUUAGGGAAUAAGUCGAACCUCGUAGUCGUCCACUCCAGUUCUGGUCAUCUCCACAGUCUGAACGAGAUUCUUCAAUCUCAAUCCGUCCUUUCAAAACUCAGCAACACAAAAUACGCCAAGGAAACACUGCUUAUGGACACUUUCAUGACAUUUCUCAGAAAAGACGAUGGAAGAGCUUGGUACGGACCUAAUGAAGUUGAGAAGGCCGCUGAGAAGGGAGCUAUAGGACCAGGCGGGACGUUGUUGAUCAACAAUGCAUUAUUCAGGGCGCAAGAUGUGGGUGUGAGGAAACGCUGGGUCGGGCUGGUAGAUAGGGUGAGAGAAGGGGGUGGUGAGGUUAGGAUAUUAAGCAGUGAUCACGAAAGUGGGAAACGACUGGAAGGAUUAGGAGGCAUCGCGGCGAUACUCACGUUCCCGUUAGAGGAUCUGGAUGAGGAUGAAGAAGAUCUUGUGGGUGAUGAUAGGGAAAUGGUGAUAUGA